AUGAUUUAAAAUAAUAAAUAAAUAGACUUUUUGGAUAUUUAAAAUCCAUUAUAAUACAUAUUUUCAUCUUUUUGUGCCUUAAGUAUAAAAUCAACAAUAUUUGCACCAUUUGAAAGAUUAAAAAUCAUAAAGCAAACAUAAAAUAUAAUCAAAGAUUCAUAAAUAGAAGCAUAAAAUUCUUAUUUUAAAUUAACAAAAUGUAAAUAAAUAUUAAUAUAUAAAAUAAUAAUAAUAAAAAUAAUAGAAAUAUAAAAUACUUAAGGAAUAUUAAGUUUUUGGAGAGGAAAUGGUACAAAUAUAUACAGACUUUUUUAUACAUAAAUACUAAAAUUUUUUAUAUAUAAGCUAAAAAAUUUUAGGUGGAUUUUUUUCUGUUUUUAUUGUUUAAUUAUUCACUUUUCCUUUCGAAAAUAUUCGCAUGAGAUUAAUUUGCGAACAAUCCGAUUAUACCUAAUAAAGAUACUUUAAUGGAUCUUGGGAUACUUUUAGAAAAUUAUCUAAACAAGAAGGAAUAUCAUCAUUUUAUAGAGGAUUUCUUGCUAAUAAUAUUCAUUUGUUCUUUUAUUAUGGAACUUCUUAACUUACUUAUAAUUUUUUAAUAGAACGAACAAAUGAUAAUUUUUAAGAUUUUCCAAUUUUCAAAUUUAUAGGUUUCGCAGGAAUUUCAGGAUCUGUUUCAUCAACUGUAACAUAUCCUUUAGAUACUAUUAAGAAAAAAUUAAUGAUUAAUGGAGGAUUUGGAUUCUAUUAGGAAUAUAAAGGAAUAUCUGAUUGCAUAUAAAAAAUAUGGAAAUAAGAAAGUAUAGGUGGAUUUUAUCGUGGAUUUUUAAUAAAUGUAUUUAAAAAUAUACAAGCUUAAAUGAUAUAUUUAUAGAUAUAUAUAGAUACAAAUUAAAUAGCUUUUUGA